GGGGCGGUGACAGCGGCUGUGACCGCGCUGGUGGCGCUGGCGGGGUCGGAGCGUGCGGCCGCCCCAGCCCGGCCCAGCCCAGCCCGGCCCGGCCCGGCCCGGCUCGGGGGGACCCGCGGCCGAGCGGGGCCAUGCGGGGCCGGGCACGGCUGCGCUCCCCGCCGCUCUCCGUGCUCCAGCUCCAGCUCCAGCUCCUGUUCCUGCUGCUGUUCCUGCUGCUGUUCCUGCUGCUGGGCUCGGCGCGGGCCGCGGCCGCGGGAGCUUCUCCCCAUUUAGCAGCCCCAGAAAAGGUGGAGGUUCAUUCCUACAACCUGCAGAGUGUGCUGAGCUGGUCGCCCGUGGGGAACGGCUCCGUGUCCUACACAGCCCAGUACAGAUCGGGAUCCUACAGGCACUGGAGUGGGAUGGGCUGUUCCCAGACCCCCCAGACCCAGUGUGGGCUCCCCCCCGAGCUGGGGCGGCGCUGGACGCUCUGGUUCAGGGUCAGGGCUGAGCUGGGCAACCUGAGCUCAGCCUGGGUGCAGAGCCCUGCCUUCGUGCCAGAGGCCAACACCACUCUGGGUCCCCCCAGGGUGAACAGGGUCAGUGCCAGCUCCCACUCCCUGCUCGUCAGCAUCAGCCCCCCCUUCCCCCCUGAGCCCGGGGACUCCCUGCACUACCUGGUGUCCUACUGGGAGAGCACAGCCAGCGCCCCCAAAAAGGAGAGGCUGAGCGUGGCUGAGACCCUGUUCCAGAUUGGGAAGCUGAAGGAAUCCACAGUUUAUUGCUUCAGCAUCCGGGUGCAGCUGAAAAUCAUCUCAGGUCACUUGUUGGGAGAGGAGGGAGCAGCAGAGUGUCACAGAACUGCCCUGAGUGAGGCGACCCGAGCUGGGCUCAUCACUGCCCUCUUCAUCCUGGCCUUGCUUUUCCUCAACCUGCUGGCAGUGGCUCUGCUGUUGCUAUGGAAACACCACCAAAAAAUCAAAUUUUGGGCUCAGCCACCUCUGCAGAUCCCAGCCCACUUCCAGGAGUUCCUGAGGGAGCCUGGCCUGGAGGAGCUGCCCAGCCCUGCAGAGGAGGAGCCCCAGGCUGUUCUGGUUGGAGAAGGAAAUGGGCUGGAGGGGGAAGGACCCUUCACCCAACAGCUGCAGGGACAGGGGAGCCACUGAAGGGCCACCCCAGAGAGGUGACCUGGGCCAGGCUGGCUGCUGGCAGGAAAUGCUGAACAGGGGAUCACAGGAAAUCCUGGAUACAGACCCCUGGGAUCACAGGAAACCCUGAACAGGGGAUCACAGGAAAUCCUGGAUACAGACCCCUGGGAUCACAGGAAAUCCUGGAUACAGACCUCUGAGAUCACAGGAAAUCCUGGAUACAGACCCCUGGGAUCACAGGAAAUCCUGAACUCUGGGAUCACAGGAAAUCCUGGAUACAGACCUCUGAGAUCACAGGAAAUCCUGGAUACAGACCCCUGGGAUCACAGGAAAUCCUGGAUACAGACCCCUGGGAUCACAGGAAAUCCUGAACCCUGGGAUCACAGGAA